GAAGUGGCUCUGACGCGCGGCGAUUGGGUGAGCCAGGAGCUAAAGUGUGUUACAGAGUAAAAAACGAGACGCGGAUGAGAACAACAACAGCUGCCGCCCCAUGAAGCCAGCUAAAGUCACAGUCUCACUCCUCGGGCUCAUGCUGUAGAGACUUCGGAUGUUACGAUGGACACAAAAUUUACAAUUUCAGACGGUGAGUCGGACCCAUCGGAAGACGUAGAGGAAAGAGGAGACUUGCAGCUAAUGCAAGAAAAGGAGAAGCCGCUCAGUCAACGCCACACCCUCACGCUUCCUGAGCUCCGAUCUACAACAGGUCGGGUGAGACUGAACUCGGAGUCCAUCGCUUCCACCAUCUCCAGAGAGGUGGAGCUGCAGGCAAGGGGGGAAGAGGAGGUUGGGACCCCCACUGAGGGCUUUCCAUUCAGGGGCCGAUCUUUAUCAGCUCCUCCCUCCUUGUGGGCUGCCAAGAAGUACGGCCGGCAGCUUCGGAGGAUGAGUGAUGAGUUUGUCAACCUGCUUGAUAAAGGGGAAAUGAGGAAUGUGAGCAGUGAUGGGUCGAACAGACCGAUUCACCACUCCAGGAGCUGGUGGAGCUACCUCUUCAGUCACCAGGAGACAGAGGGAGAGAACAACCACCACGAAAACCACGCCUCCCGCACCGAGUAGACCCUCAUAGAGGAGCGCAAGAGUUGAUCGAGGUUUUAUUGGUGGGAAGAAAAACCACUGAACAACCUGUGACUGGAAAAAAGGUUUCCAGAUUUAAGGACUUGGUUAAAUAGAUCAUUUAUAGGUUUUGUUUUUAUGUCUUUGCUAUACACAUUAGAUUGUUUUAUUACGUGUUAGCUGUAAUUUAGUAAUGUUAGGCUGUCCCUUGUGUCAUAGGAAAAGUAAGUCAAAAUACAGCGAAAGUGAGAUGAUAUCUUAAAAGUUUAUUUAGACUUGCAAUUAGUGGAUGGAAGAAGUUGGUAUUUUACAUUGGAGUUUAUUUUAUUGCACCAGAAUCUACAAAUGAACCAAUUUGGAUUUUUGUUUUGGUCUCAUUACACAUGGGAAACGGCUCAGUUUGCUACUUCUCCAUACACCCCAAUGUUACACCCAUCUUCAGGGUUGCUGGAUAUCAGGAAAAUGCAGUUGCAAUAUUGCUGCUGAAUACUGAUUGCAAAUAACUCAUGUUUUUCAUUUUGUUUUGUUUUCCAUCGUCGUCAUCUUGUCCUCACUUCUCUCCCGGAGCUUUAGCAUCUUGGUCAGUACAAUCUAGAUCUAGAUGGUCAAAUAUAUUAUCGACAAUUAAAGUCUGAAUGAUUGAUUCUCGUAAUUUAUCUCUAUAGGCUUUAUAAAUUGGGAUGCCUGUUCUGAUUUGGUACUUGAAUGUACUUACGCUUUACAUAUCAGUCAAUUUCCAUUCAUAAUAUUAUACUUUUAUAAGUUAUGAAAAUAAAUGUUCACAAGGAUACAUAAAUUUAACUUAAAAUUGGGUACCAUCUUUCUAUAGAUUUGAUAUCACACCUCUAUUUCCAUCGGUUAUGAUUCAUUUCUGCCUGCUAUUUUUUUUCGAUCUUAUUCAUUGUCUUCUCACAGUAGAGGAGAAAUUUUGUUUCAAUCAACUGCAAGAUUGGACAAAGAAACUCAAAGACAUGUACAAACAGUUCACAGGCAAACUGCUUUUUCUGGGAGAAGAGGUAGAAAACUGCAAAGGUAUGAAGUGGUUAUAGGGCAUAUAUCAUCAUUUUUACAUCUUAUUUUUAUAACUAUGUUCUGAUGUUUGGACUGGUUCUUAAAUACACAAGUCAAGGUUUGCCUAAGAAAAACAGCAAUGGAAAGUCUGCAGCUGUAAUUUAAGUCAAGAUUUUUGUAUCGAUUUAUUCAAUUAGAAAGAAGAAAUCAGGAAAAAAGUUCCCUUCAGGCAGUGGAUUUGAGACUCAACAGACCGGCACCCAACCUAUGGAUUUAAAAGCUCUCUGUGGUCGACCAAAAAAUCUGUCAUUUGGAGGAAAAUUCUGGAAAAACCAGAAUAUUUUAAAUUAGGGAGCCAUGCAGUGAUUAUGUGUCUCCUUUUCCUCCACAUAAGUGCGUUUUACUCAUAAAGGUUUAACUACAUGAUGGUAACAUAGCUGUCCAAACCUUAUUCCGAGGACUUCUUUAGCAAAACCACUCAAAACCACUUUUGUCUAUCUACAGUUGGUUUCUCCAUUAAAAGUCACUUCAAGCUAAUGCUUCCCAUGUCGGUUCCUUAUCCCGGCAAACUUUAUGCUCACAAACAACAGCUACAGCCACUUCAAUGGUCAGGCUGUUGACUACCUGUCAUGGCGUUAACCGUGUUGCAUACUCGCCUCUUCAGAUCCGUUUAAUAUAAUCAGAUGAAGUAUCUUUUUUUGGUCAAGAAAACAAUUCGUCCUGGUAGAAAUCUCUAGACUGUUUCAUUGCAGACAUAUCUAUAUAUGGUAGUGCCUUCCUGUUUUUGCAAGCUUCACUCAAGGCUUUUGUUCUUCUUUCUGAAAAGUGUGGUUUACAGAUUACUUACUAAAUGUAACUGGAAAAACAGAUGGGAAUUUCUUUACAUUUCAAGAUUUGAAGGUUUUAAUGUCCAAUAUGAUGAUAAAUGCCCUUUAAGGAGUUAAAACAAGCCCUGUUUCUUCACAGUUUUGUCAUGAUUUUUAAUGUAAUCGGUGAACCUUUAGUGUUUUUUUGGUUUUUUUAUACAAACUUCUCGUUCCACUGCUUGCAAGCCUUUUCUAUGUUAAACAAUCGUGCUUGACUAUCAGAGAACUGCUUUAUUAGAACAAAUUUAUCAAAAGAGCAACAAUCUUGUUAGUGGGACAAUCUGUGACGAUGCACAAAUAUUAUAAAACUUCAGGGUUUAGAUUGUAGCCGGUGACAUUAAAGCCUAAAUAUAAAAGCACAAAACAAGCCUAUCUUUUUAAAGACUUUGACAAGCAAAAAAAUUAAAAAAACAAACAUGGAAAAAAAAAGAUUUUUAGCUGUAAAUAUGUUGUAAAUAUUUAUUCAAAUGACUUUGGUGGAGGUUUUAAAUACAAAUGGAUUAACCAGAAGUUUAUUUACGAGGUUUCCCAGCUGUUCAGUAAGCAAUAGGCUUUGCACAAUCCGCGGCUGUUGUGAUAAAUGUUACUGUUUUAAAUGAAUCGACUGCUGCAAGCCUCAACAAAUGGCAGGAUGAGUUCUCAUCUUGUCUUAUUUAAAGACGAGAUGCUUUUUGUAUCCAAACUGUCCGCAGACUUUGUUCUCUUCACUUUGUACUCUUGUUUUUAUAAAAAUUGUUAAAUUUCAUCAGCAUCGACGUGUGGAUAAAACUUCUCACUGGAAUAACUUGUAUUGUACUCUGAUUUAUGAGCAAUUCUUGGCACAUAUUUAAACAUUUUUGGAUAUCAUUAUUGCCUCAUAUAAAAAUCAGCCUUUCAUACACAGAUUGGUUUAAAAAAACAAAGCAAGGCUUGUCUAAUAUGUGAUUAUUAACAAUGGUGAUAAGUUCGUUCUGCUUGUGUCUUAUCGUCUUCCUCUCGGCUUGUAGGGUUGAGUUGUGAAGUGCUCUGGUUUGUCUAUAAUAACAUUUAUGGCUCUGGUUCGGUCUUCUAUAGCUUUUUCAUUUUUAUUUUUGCUUAUGUAUGCAUUUUAAUCUGAGAACUCCAGACAAUCUGAACGGUGCCACAGAGACUGAACCAACGACUGUUUAAAAACGAUUGAUGACUACUGUUGGAUCCCAUUUCUUUUACUUUAAUUUCAUCACUUAGGAAAGCUUUACGUCUCAAUAGGUGGACAUUUACUUGAACUCUGAUGUGGAAGCGGGACUAGAUCCGAACCGAAGCUGAGCUGGGAUUUAAGUGCUUAGUUAUUAAACGACCUGCCUUGAACGUUUUUGUUACCAGUGAAUCGACAACACAGAGCCGGCCUUGAACUUUUUUCCCCAAUCAGAGCCUUAAACUACACAUUCGCUGUCCCCAUUUAGCGCUCCAGAAAUAGCGCAGUAGGUUUAGACGGAUGUGAGCUCUCUGUCCAGAACUGAGAAGAGACAUUUCAGAUUCUGACAGACCGUAUCCGUAGAGUAAAAAAAAAAAAAAAAACUCGCAUGGCCACCAGGAGUUUUGCAUACGAUGCUAGCAUUACUUGAAUCUACAGAUGUGUGCAAAGAAAACUGAAUUUUAUCUGAUUUUUCGUUUCUAUUCUUUUUUCAGUUUUUAAUUACUUUUUGUAAAUGUAUUUUCUCUACAGCUGUGAAAAUUGAUAUAUGCUGUCAUGAAUAAAUGAUUUUAAGAUUGA